AUGCCUUGGAAUCCCUUCAAGUCGAAGAAGAAAGAGACUAUACGCCCAGGAUUUCAUCCCAUUGACAUCGAUAGCCUUGAACCGGUAGAUAGACGGAGGGAGCAGAGCAAGAGCGAGAGAGAUCGAGGGACUGGGCUUCGCGACGACAGCGACUGUCCAGAUUCUCCGUCGGGCAGCGAGUGUUCUUCCACGCCCCAAGUCUUGAAGUCCCAAGGAGUCGGACGAGACGCCUUGCUGUCUGCAGCGUUCAAGGGAGACCUAGACAGCGUGAAAGAGCUCCUGGCGUUGGGACCAGAGGCGAAGCUGUAUGUUUGGCACACGGACAUCGUGGAGUAUCUGUUGAGCACCAAGAGCAUCUGGAAUGACACCUCGGGGCCCUCGAAGACUCCGGUGGUGGCGGAUGCUAAGGCAACCAACGGAGAGAGCGACACUCCUCUGUUCAUGGCGGUCUUGAGCAACAAGCUGCCGCUAGUCAAGAUCAUCGCAGAGGCUUGCGACAAGGACGUCAACCUGACCAACAUCGAGGGGUUCAGUCCGCUACACUACGCGGCUGGAGAGGGGAAUCUGGAGAUAGCAAGAUACCUUGUCGAAGAGUGCGGAGCCAACAUCAGUGCGAGAGACGUUCUUGGACUGACUCCAUGCUUCUGUGCUGUCCUGCAAGGCAGGAAAGAUGUUGCCGAGUACUUCCUUACCAGGAGCCCGCAAGAGAUCAACGUGGUGAACAAAGGAGGAGACACGAUGCUCCACUGUGCCCUGAAAGGCGUUGGAGCUGACUCGGGGAUGGAGGAUAUCGUUCAGAUGCUGAUUACGAGAGGUGCUCCUUUGGACUUGCCUGGUGCGCUCCCCGCAAGCAAGACCGUCAGGCAAAUCAUGGCCAAAAAUGGCCUUUGCGAGAGCUUUGAUGUAGAUCCGGAGCCCCCUGCUCAUGCUGCCGCCAGCAAGAGCUCCUCUCACAGUGCUAGCCCGGUCAAACAGGGCACGGCGGACGGCAAACCAGAAGCCAAGGACCAGAGGAAGGCGCUGAAGCAGUCGGUGGUCGACGACUCUCCCAUCCUCAAAGGUUUCCUCCAGAACGUUCUCGACACGCUGGGGAGUCAAAGGGACAUCUACGGGAUUCCAAAACCUCCCGUGCUCCCCGAGGAGUUCGUGCUCCCCCUGGAAUCUUAA